AUGCCCAAGAAGGCGGCGUCGUCUGACGCCCUCAUCAAGAUCGGCCCCGAUACCGGCAAGCGUCGGAUUCUUGAGCGGCGUCAUACCGAAGAACGGGUCCAUCCGCAGCUCGGUGAGCCUGCGCACGACCUGCUCCACUGUCUCCAUAUGACGGGCGAGGACCUCCAGGCGUGGCUGAAGUCAUUUGGCAACGUGCGCGAGAGAUGUCCGCCGCAGUCGCUGGACCAAAUUGGCGAGCAAGCGUAG